AUGGGCCCGCAGAGGAAGCUGAUCGUCGCCCUGGUCCCACUGCUCGUGGCGCUGCUCGGAAAAUGCCAGAGCCCGGACAUGCUGCGGUCCCUGCCGAAAAACGUCAGCGGCUACCUCGUCAGCAGGGAUGGACAGUUUUACGUCCAGCCGGCACUCGAAAAUCAGAGCAGCAAUGGAGAGCGAGGAGUCGAAAACGAGUCGCGAGCAAACGACGAGGAAAGUUGGACCGAGGGAGGAGAGGAGAGCUGGCGCUCCGAUAAGGAGCCGGUGGACGGAGAUGAUGAGGACGAUGACGAGUCCUGGUCGUCGAGGAGGGGCUCGUUGUGGUGGUGGGAGCGGGGCACGAGAUCGCGCGGCUUCUCGAUUUUCGGGAUGCUGGAGUCAGCGGUGGGGAUGGUGGGCAAGUUCCUCGGGGGUAUGAUCUUCGAGGACGAGGAGGACAUCGAGAGCAAGGACAGCGCGGCUAACUAUAGGGGCCACCAGCUGCUGAGGCUCACGGCCAAGACGAAGAAGCAGGUGCGUUACCUCCAACAGUUGAUGACCGACGAGCCCGACGACGUCAAGUUUUGGACGAAUCCCGUCAAGGACAAGGCAACGGAUGUUUUGGUGUCUUCGAGGUUGUUGAACGAUGUCAAGGAGUUUUUCCGAGAAAAGGGCAUCAACUACGUCAUGCUGAUGUCCGAUCUUGAGAAGGCCAUAAAAUCUCAGAACCCCCGGAUGCCCAAGGAACGUCGCCAAGAUUUGUUCUCGUCGCAGGGCCACGCCAUGACGUGGAAACGGUACCACCGAUUCAAAGACGUAAUGGGUUACCUGGAUUACUUGGCCUCGAAGUAUCCUCAAAUAGUCGAAGUAGUGUCGAUAGGCAAGAGUUUCGAAGGGCGGCCCUUGAAAAUUGUCAAAGUGUCGACUGGCGCUAACGUAAACGGAGAACCAAAGCCUACCAUUUGGAUCGACGCCGGAAUGCACGCCCGAGAAUGGAUAAGCGUGGCGGUGACGACCUACAUAUUAAACCAGCUGGUCGAGAAGAACGAGAACUACACGCGGCUGCUGGACAUCACCGACUGGGUAAUAAUGCCCGUGGCCAAUCCCGAUGGGUACGAGUAUACCCACACGGACGACCGUCUGUGGCGGAAGACCCGCAGCAACCACGACGCUGAGCCCCAGGAUGAUACGAGGCAAGCUCCCGGUUUCCUGCACGUGGUCUCCCAGUACACAAAGUGGCUGUUCGGCGGGAGUUGCGAGGGUGUGGACCCCAACCGUAAUUUUCACAUCCACUGGGGUGACGAUAAAAUUGGCGCCAGCACUGACCCCUGCGCCGACACGUACCAGGGCCCGAGCCCGUUCUCGGAGCCGGAGACCAGGGCCAUCUCCAACUACAUCAUGAAGAACAAGAAGUUUAUCAAGAGCUACUUGACUAUGCAUUCCUAUUCCCAAAUGAUCCUGUGUUGCGGUCUCACGCGCACGAGGCCGGCCGAUUUCGACGACCUGAUGAACAUCGCGAAUAAAGCGAAAAAGGCCAUUGCCAAGGUCAACGGCAUCGAGUACAGGGUGGGCUCCGCGGCCGAGCUCCUUUACCCGACGACAGGUUCGUCGGACGACUGGGCCAAGGAGAUAGCGGGUAUAAAGAACUCGUUCACGAUAGAGCUGCGCGAUCGAGGAAACUACGGCUUCCUCCUGCCGGCCUCGCAGAUCAUCCCGACCGCCCGCGAGACGUGGGCAGGCGUGCGAGUGAUUGCGCGUAUGUCCGCGGCGCAGGGCAACAACACCUGA